CGCGCGGUUCCUUUAAGAAUCGGCCUACGUGGCACAGCCCAGGCAAGGCAAGGCAAGGCAAGGCGAGAGCGCAAAAAGCGCCACUUCCUUGGGCAAUCGCGGCGGGGGCGGCAGCAGCCAGCAGCUCUCCUAGAAGCCGCGUGGGGGGGCCCGGGUGCCUGCAAAUCGGCUUUCCCCAGCAAGAUUUCCACCCCCACCCCCCCAGAAAAAUACAUAUAUAUAUAUAUCUAUAUAUCUAAAACCCAGCCAGCCAUGGGGCAAAACGACCUGAUGGGCAGCGCUGAAGAUUUUGCAGAUCAGUUCCUGCGGGUGACGAAACAGUACCUUCCCCACGUGGCUCGGCUCUGUCUGAUCAGCACCUUCCUGGAAGACGGGAUUCGCAUGUGGUUCCAGUGGAGCGAGCAGAGGGACUACAUCGAUACCACAUGGAACUGCGGCUACUUCUUGGCCUCCAUCUUUGUUUUCAUUAACCUCUUCGGGCAAUUAACCGGUUGUAUUCUUGUGCUGAGCAGGAAUUUUGUUCAAUAUGCCUGUUUUGGAUUAUUCGGAAUUAUUGCAUUACAGACAAUAGCAUACAGCAUUUUAUGGGACUUGAAGUUUUUGAUGAGAAAUCUUGCCCUAGGAGGGGGUUUACUACUGCUGUUGGCGGAGUCUCGGUCGGAAGGAAAGAGCAUGUUUGCGGGGGUACCAACCAUGCGGGAAAGCUCCCCGAAACAAUACAUGCAGCUGGGAGGACGUGUGCUUCUAGUUCUUAUGUUUAUGACCCUCCUCCAUUUAGACGUUAGUUUCUUCUCGAUCCUGCAGAAUAUGGUGGGCACGGCGUUGAUCAUCCUGGUGGCCAUCGGCUUCAAAACUAAGCUGGCGGCCUUGACUUUAGUCAUCUGGCUUUUUGCCAUCAACCUGUAUUUCAACGCUUUCUGGACUGUUCCCACCUACAAGCCCAUGCACGACUUCCUGAAAUACGACUUCUUCCAAACCAUGUCGGUCAUCGGAGGCCUCCUUCUCGUGGUGGCCCUGGGUCCCGGCGGCGUCUCCAUGGACGAGAAGAAGAAGGAAUGGUAGAGAGAAACAGAGGAGGAGGAGAAAAAUAAAAAAGCAACACAGCAUCUCAGCAUCUGGGAACUGACUCAAAAGUUUUGGGAAUUGAUAAACCAAACAAAACUGGCAUUUUUUUUUUCUUUUUACAGAGGUGCCUGUUUUCUCUCCCUUUUGAAAGGCGCAAUCUCUUUCAUUUUUUAAAAAGUUGCUUUAGUUCACGACGGCGCUUGAUCAUCCGAUUCCCGUUUUCACGGAUGAUUCUUCAUUCAAGAACGUUUUGAGUUUUUUUUGUUUUGUUUUUCUCGCGCGGGGGGCGGUUUUUCUCUCCUAUAAUCUCCUGAAAAAGUUGGAACGAAGCAGCAGCUGGCUUGGCUCUCCCACGGUUAAAAUUCCUUUUUGACAACUGUUUUUUUUUUUUUUUUAAAUUUAAAACUACUGUGAUCCGAUAAACCUUGCUGUGUACUUUUCAGUGUGAUGGGUGUUCCAUCUUAACCUUGUUGGUUCUUGGUUUGACGCUCAAGUUGUAAUUAAAAUGAAGUCACAUCCCAGGUGGAGAA